CGCCUGACCGAUUACUCUGAGCGCGCACACUCUCAGCGCUCUUAUUGAUGAUGGCUGUUUUGGCCUGGCCUGGUGGCGCACACGAUUUUAAAUUCCUCAACCGCUAUCUCAGUUGCAGAAAGCAAACAGAUCACGCCGAGCGGGCAAGUAAUUCACACGUCUUUUUGAAUAUCCACAAUAAGCUGGGACAGACAUAUAUGCAAAUAAGAAGGAAUUGUGCCAAGUGACCAAAAAGUUCUUAGUGAUUGAUUAACGGUUUGUUUUGGGAUCACAACAAACUAUAUAUAACUUUGGUUAAAGUGUUACAUUGAAUCAAAGUUUGAAGAUUGCAAACACCGAAUAGUUAUUAAUUGGAAACUCCAGUGAGUGAAUUAUUGUGGCCCAAGGUGAACAAACAAAGAACUAGUUUUCUCACAAAGUAAGAACACUACAAGAACUGAGUAUUAUGGGAACCAUGAUACGGCGGAACAGUUUGAAUAUCUCGUUCAGUAAAUGGUGGACUCCAUCGUCCGGCAGCAACGGAACCAACGGCAGCGGGGGCGGAGGUGGCGGGGUAGCCGGCAGAACUUUCGGAAGCUCCGUUGCCAUUCAAAAAUUGCGUGAAUCGAAGUGGUUUGAUGCCGGCGAGGAGCGCAUCUUCUGUGCGGUCAUUGAGGCCGGUUUCAUCGUAGAACUGAGACAUCCGGAAACGUGUGAAAGCUGGUUUGGUGUUGCAUCCAUUGACAGUAAGAAAUCAGUGAUGAAACCAACCCCAGACACUAUCAAAAUACACUCAGUAAAACUUUCGGAGUCCUAUAAACGGCUCAAAGUCUACAGUGUCACCUUAGAGCAACUCUGGCAGCAGGGUUUCCACAUUCGCAUUAACAAUCUCUGUGAUAAAAGCAAGAAGGCGCACAGCGAGAAAGACAUUCUCGGACAGAUCAAAUAUGCCACUAAAACCAAAAUGCCGUUCCACAACAGCCAGCAUUUCGCCGAAUUCUGCCGGUAUGGUGACCGACCUCAAGACAACCGGAAGCGACAAGUAAGUGUACUGAUGAAACGGCUAGAAGAUGCAAUGACUGGAUCGCAGACCUACUUCUGAGCAACAGCAGAUCUCCGAAUGUGCCAAAUGGGGUGGCACAAAUGUGGGCGCCACCAUUAUUUACUUUGCCAUGCAAAAACGUAAUAAUAGAUCAGCCCAAUUCUAACAGCGACUGGAAACGUUGUGAACGAAUGUGAUCGCUCUUCAAUCGCAAGGCCCUCAAAACAUUGCACUAAAUUGUGUAACCUUAUCAAAUCAGUAGCGUUCUAGCUUUGGCUACAAUCCAAACUAUUUCGCGAAAAAAGACAUGAUUGUAUUAUAAUAGAAUCGUAAGAACAAAAAUGCCGAGGCAGUUGUUAAUGUCACUGUCGCGAAAUAAUGAGUCUAUUUAAGAGGCUUCUACGAAUGACAGGAGUUUAAGCUUUAAAUUAGGUGUAAUAAGUUAGUCAUAAAAUUGUUCGGAACUACCAAUCAAAUGUGUCCUAAUGUAAGCCCAGAUUAUUUGAUUUUUUUUAUAAAUGAUUUUAAAAUAACAAUAAAAUAUUUCAAUUAUAUAA